UUGCGCGCCUCCCCUGCGCGACAGCGGCCAUGGUAUCGCCCAAGGCGGAAGAGGCUUGGAGACCAAACCGGCUCGCGGGUUCAGCAAUGGCUGCGGGUGUCCCCUGCGCGCUCGUCACCAGCUGCUCGUCCACCUUUUCUGCUGACCGGCUAGUCCAAAAUAUCCUUGGAACAGAAGAUGUUAUUGUGGAAGUUACUGCCAACGAUGCUGUGAGAUUUUAUCCCUGGACCAUUGAUAAUAAAUACUAUUCAGCAGAUAUCAAUCUGUGUGUGGUGCCAAACAAAUUUCUCAUCACCGCAGAGAUUGCAGAGUCUGUCCAAGCAUUUGUGGUUUACUUUGAUAGCACACAAACAUCUGGUCUUGAUAGUGUUUCUUCCUGGCUUCCACUGGCAGAAGCAUGGUUACCUGAGGUGAUGAUCUUGGUUUGUGAUAGAGUGUCUGAAAAUGGAGUAAACCGACAAAAAGCUCAAGAGUGGUGUAUCAAACAUGGCUUUGAAUUGGUAGAACUUAAUCCAGAAGAGUUGCCUGAGGAGGAUGAUGACUUCCCAGAAUCUACAGGAAUAAAGCGAAUUGUUCAAGCCUUAAAUGCCAAUGUCUGGUCCAAUGUAGUUAUGAAGAAUGAGAAGAACCAAGGCUUUAGCCUUCUUAGCUCAUUGGCUGGAGCAAACCAUAACAUUGGAUCAGCAGAGACCUGCCAUUCAGAGCAGCCCUGUUUGCCAGCAGCAGAGAGGACUGAAGCUCUCUUGGAUCAUCGAGGUGGCGCAUCUAACACAGCAGACGCUCAGGUGGAUAGCAUUGUGGAUCCCAUGUUAGACCUGGAUAUUCAAGAACUAGCCAGUCUUACUACAGGUGGAGGAGAUUUGGAGAAUUUUGAAAGACUGUUUUCAAAGUUAAAGGAAAUGAAAGGGUUAGAACGUUCAUACACUCCAGAUUCUUCUGCGCUGUUAGAUGCAUUUCUUAAGAUAUAUUUUCCCCCUAGACAAGGCUGCGACGCUUCCUCACGAGCAAAGAAAGUUGCAUGCAGAAAAGGUGGCCAAAGCCUUUUGGAUGGCAAUUGGGGGAGACAGAGAUGAGAUCGAAGGCCUUUCGUCAGAUGAAGAACACUAAAUUAUUCACGCUAGGGCUUGACUAACAGAGACACUAACUCUCUCUGCCUGAGAAUCCUUCCUAACUCACCCAGUCGUCAUUUGCUGAACUUCCCAUCAUGCUGUUGGCUGCCUGAGUUGUUUGUAGGGUCCUGUUAAUUAUAGUUUUUAGUUGGGGGGGGGUGGUAAAGGAGAACCUUCUCCUCCCUCAGUGUAUUAUAAGGGGGCAAGAAUGACAGUAGGGAGUGAGAAUUUUUUGAAGUAUACUUUUUUGUUCUAGGAGCAGGAGUGGGCUGAGGCUCAAAGCCUGUGUGAUUGGAGUUAAAUCACAAGUUAAGGCCCACCAAGCCAUUUCCUGGCAGUCUUUGCAGUACCAGUCCCUCUGUUCACACUUGAUUACUGCAGAUGUGCUCCCUUUCCUGGGUAUUCUGGAUUUUUUCUUUCAAGCAACAUGCUGCUCUGAGAUUUGAUGCUUUUGAUAGGCGGGAAGGAAGAAGCUGCAGAUUUAUGCUAUAGUAUAUAGAUGAUAGGCCAAAGUGACUGGCCUUCAGGUUAGUCUCUAGUUUAAAAAAAAAAAACGGCCAGGGCACUUCAAUUGAAAUAUAGUUUCUGAGCUCAUGCUAGAGAGUAUUGAGAAAGCAGUGUGAGUUUAAAUGAUGCAAGGGUUUCCUGCUCUGGUAGGGAUAAAAUAAACCCAUCUUCUGAGUUGUUGGACAUAGGGAGGGGGAGGGCAGUGUGUGUAUAAGAGAGAAAGAAACUUAGGAAUUCCCUGUAUGGGCCAUUGAAACAGUGUGAUCAUGUCCCGAGACUUUAAGAGUUCUCCCCUGCUAUGUAAGAUGUCAGAGCUGUGUUGUCACACUUCAUACCCUCAAAACAAGGCACGUUUCUUCCUCUCUGAAAGCCAGACAUCACUGCCAAAAUAGUAACGCUAAGGAGUGGGCUUGAUAGGGAAGGAUGUGAAACUUUCGUUAGGCAAUGAAUCCCUGCGUACCUUGUGUUGUUUCCAGGGCCGUGUGGGUCAGCCCCAGGGCAUCUGAUCACCAAAGGGAAGUUUGCAAAGGAAGCUUGGGAAAUACAGCCAAUAAAGUCCUCGUUUCUGUUUUUGUAAGCACUGUGUAAUGCAUGUUGUUAACCUACACUGCGGUAGGUACUGCCAUAGCUCUAAAUGGGCUCAGGACAUACGGGCUGAAAACUGCUGUUGGCUUCAUGUAGGCUGUGAACCCCUUAGGUCACCAGCAAAAACAAGUUUCAGACCCCCCUGUGCAACACCUUCUAAUCCCCGCAGAACCUGAAAUAGGUAGCAGAAGGAAUGGAAUGCCCCAGGUUCUGGGCCAGGCCGACCAGAGGAGCGAGCAAAGGUUUGCGUGAUUGGGACACUCAGGAAGAGCCAUUCCAGAAGACAUUGCAGGCUGUCUCACUUGAUGACUUUGUAUCCUUCUCCCUGGCUUUCUUUGAGGUGGCUGCAUCAACCAUUGAUUGGGAAUGUAAGGGAAGUUGGCUCUGGUGCUACAAAAUGAAAGGUGGAAGAUGUCUUCCUUAAAACAAGGAAGGUUUCAGAAAGUACAUUCGGUCACAUGGUUAGGGAAAACAGAUAAGAAAAAGCUGUGAACUUGAUUUUGUGGGUUAAACAAAGCCAGGUGAUUAAAAUGUGAUUUUUUUAUAAAGUCUACUUAUGUGCAUAUUUAAGAUUUUGUUGUUUUUUAGUGGGGAGGGGGGUGUUGGGGUGGAGCCUUCCUUCGCUGGAGUGGGCAUAAAAAGCCAAUCAUCUAAGAGUUUGUCAAACUCACUGUUUUAGAAUCUCCAUGCACAGGUAUAAUAUUAACUCAUGUCUUCAAAAUCUCAGCUGUCUGGGGAUAGUGCCCUCUUCUAGGGAACAUGUGGGAAUAAAGCAUCUGGUGGUAUUCUACUAAA